AUGUCAAAAGGAAAAUUGCAGGCACAUGGUACACCAGACUUUUUGAAGAAGCAAACUGAUUUUGAAUAUCGUUUAUUUAUUGAUAAAAGUGAAAUGUGCGAAUGUGAACAUGUGAGUGCGUUUGUGAAAGCGCAUGUUAGAAAAGCUAUACUAGAGCGAGAAUCAGCAACAGAACUAGUUUACGGUAUACCAAGAGAUAAUUCAAGACAGAUUAGUCGAUUAGUUACUGCAUUAGAAAAAAAUAUUCAAGAAAUAAAAAUAAAUGGAUACGGUAUAUCAAUGACAACAAUUGAAGAAGUAUUUCUCAAACUUAUCAGAGAAGAAGAAAACGAAAAAGAGUAUGAACAUCGUCAAAAAUUCCGAAAAGACUUAGCUACUAGAGUAUUUCAAAUGAAACACGUACGUGUUGGUACUGUUCGUUUAUUGUUCAAUCAUUUUUAUGCAUUAUUUGUUAAACGUUUGAUUAUGACCCAUCGCCAAUUAGUGUUUCUAAUUGGCUUUAUCUUUUCUCCAUUAUUAAUUGAGAUUAUAACUGUAUUCGUAUUUCCUACACCAAAACAAAUACAAUCAAGUUUAUUACAAAACGAUCGAAUUAUCGGUGCAUAUGUUCAAUUAAUUCCAUCUAUUUAUAAUCCUCAAACAAUUAUUGUGAAUAAUGAUAGUCAGUCAAGUCAGUUAGUCUUAUCUUUAUCAAGUCAAAGUACAAAAAUUAAUCAAGUAUUCGCGGAUGAUAUUAUGACGUAUGUUACUAGUCGAUUUCUGCAAACAGAAACAAUAUUUGUUCAUACAUAUCAAUUGGCAUUUGCACUGUUCGACAAUUCAACAUCAUUAACAUUAGACGCUUAUUUCAGUUCAGUAAAUUAUCAUACAAUGGCCGUUAGUUUAGGUGUAGCAGCUACACAAUUAUUUCAAUAUUAUUCAAAUUCAUCGACAAAAUCAAUUGUUACAACAAAUCAACCAAUUAUAACAACAGGUGGAAAUGUAUCAUUGCUAACACAAUUUUUUGAAAUUAUUUAUUGUUUUGAUACAUUACCAUUAUCAUUAUUUAAUUUUAUGAAUUCUAUAAUAGCUGCUCUCUAUAUAUCAGUAUUAAUGAUAGUCUUUGUCAGAGAGAGAAUAACACAUUCAAAAGAUUUACAAUUAUUAUCUAAUUUGAGUAAAAUUAUUUAUUGGUUUACAAAUGCCAUCUAUGAUUUUACAUCAUCUCUUGUAAUUAGUGCACUAUUAACAAUCGUGAUCAAGAUCGCAUCUAAAGUGAUUUCUAAUACAGACGCUGAAGUUGCUACAUUUCGUUCUACAACUUCAGUUGCAUUAUUUCUUAUUUUGAUCGUCUCAUAUUCAUUGGCAUCCAUCCCGUUUGUUUAUGUAACAUCAUUUGCGGCAAAAUCAGAAUUAAUCGGAUUUGUUAAUUUUUUUAUCGUAAAUAUUGUUACAUGUUUUCUCGACAUGGUAAUAAGUUUCAUUCAAGUAUUCACUGAAGGACAAAAUUUAUCGACAACAAAACCUACUAAAACAACUAGAGUAUUGGUUAUUUUACGUUGGGUAUUAUCGGCUGCAUUUCCAACGGUUAAUUUUAAACGUGCAUUGUUUAAUGUACGUCUACAUGAUAACAAUCAAUGUAUUAAUGCUCUUAAUGCCAUAUUAGCUAGUAAGUUUCCACAUAUUAUUGCUAAUUAUAAUUACAAUGAAUUAUGGUUAUCCUUGAGAGAACCCGGUGUCGGAAUACAAUUAAUGUUAUUUUUUAUACAAAUGCUAUUGUGGUGGAUUAUACUUGUUAUAAUUGAAAAUUGGAAGACAAUAAAACAAUGUAAGAAGAAUGAAGCUAUUUUGGAAUAUUGGGAUGAUAAACAUCUUGAUGGUGAUGUUCAAAGAGAGAGGAUGCUGAUUGUAAAUAAUGACAAAAAUCCAAAUCAUACAACAGCACCACCUGUUAUAGUUGUUCGUGAUUUAUAUCAAACAUUUAAAAAACGGAAAGAAAAAUCGUUACAUCGAAGAGUUUAUACGGCUGUUGAUCAUUUAAAUUUUCGAGUGACAAAACAAUCUUGUUUUGGAUUAUUAGGAGCAAACGGAGCUGUGGAUGGGCUUCAAACAACUGACACUGAAAUUGGUUUUUGUCCUCAAUUUGAUUGGCUUGUACACAAUUUAAGCGUACAUGAAACACUAACAUUGUUUGCUCGUUUAAAAGGAUUACAUGAGCAUGAUAUAACAACUAUGUGUGAAAAUACAAUUGAGCUAUUCGGUUUAGAUUCAUAUGAAAAAUGUGAAGUACAGAAUCUUAGACGAAAAGUUUCAGCAGCUUUAGCCUUUAUGGCUAAUCCUCAACUCGUUUUUCUCGAUGAGCCAACAACCGGUUUAGAUGCAGCUGCCAAACGGAAAUUAUGGGACGUAAUUAGAGCGGCAAGAGAUACUGGAACGACAAUUAUUUUAACGAGUCACAGCAUGGAAGAGUGUGAAGCAUUAUGUACACGUCUAGGUAUAAUGAAACUUGGACAAUUCACAUGUCUCGGUAAUUUGCAACAUUUAAAAAAUAAAUUUGGUAAUGGUUAUGCUGUACAAAUUAAACUACAUUCAGUGGAUGACACUGAAAAAUUUAAAAUUAAUCUUAAAACAAAUUUACCUGGAAUUAAAUUUAAUGAUCAACAUAAUGGCAUGCUAUUUUGUAAUGUACCAUUUAACUCAGCUCGUUUGAAUGUUAAUAAUCGUAGCUUGCCACCCAUAUUUGAUUUAGCCCGAGUAUUUGACUUAUUAAAUCAAAAAAAAGAAGCAAAAGAAAUCGAAAGUUAUUCGGUAACACAAACAACUCUAGAACAGAUAUUUGUUCGAUUAGCUGGAGAAGACAAUGAAAGAGAAGCACAAGCAGAGAAAGAAGCAACAAUAUUACUAUUAGAUAAAACAAACCAAAGUACGUUUAUUGAUUAUAUCGUCUAA